GGCAAUAAAGGCAAUACCCGGCAUAGCCUUGUAGGGGAGACAAUCCGCCCUUUUUCCUCAACAUGAGUGUAGCGAAGAGAGUGAGAGCCGCCGCCUGGCUGCGCUCAGGAGAGACGCCGAACAGGUGGCCACAGGCAGUUGUGGGCGCGCCAGGAAGGCAGCCGACAAGCAGCGAGCAGGCGUGCAUAGCGCUGUCGGCGCCCUCCCCCUCCCGGCCCGCAGCAUGUGAACCCGUCGCCCUGUCCUCCGGAAUAGCGGCACGAUUCUGCCUAUUUGGUUGCCGCAGGGUGAGGCGCCCGCCCUCGGGCCGGGCUCCCGCUUGGCACUGGUGGCCCAGGAAAAGCAAACAGACCCCAAAAGAUCUCCGUCCCUCGGGCAGCCGAACCGGACUCAGGCGGAGAGAGGCGCUCGGCCGUUUCUCCAGUCGCUCCUCUUGGGCCGUGUCUGGAGGAAGGCUCGGAAGCAAGAAGAUGAAAGUCACCGUUUGCUUCGGCAAGACCCGGGUGGUCGUGCCCUGCGGGGACGGGCACAUGAAAGUUUUGAGUCUGAUUGAACAAGCCGUCACCAGGUACAGGAAGGCAAUCGCCAAGGAUCCAAACUAUUGGAUACAGGUCCAUCGUCUAGAACACAGUGAUGGUGGAAUCCUAGACAGCGAUGACAUUCUUCGUGAUGUGGCUGAUGAUAAAGACAGACACAAUAUGUUCCUGCCCAGUAAGUAGUAUUCUUGAGUUGCUUCUUUUAAGGAAUGAUGGAAGUUAUGCCUUCUAAAGAAGACUGAGAAAAAACAAGUUUGGUUAUGAGAAACCAUCAUGUUCCUGUCAUCCCUUACUUUCCCCUGAUGUAGCAGUUGAGAAAAUAAAUGCUGGGAGUAGAUUUGGAUGCUGGGAUUAAUGCAAUGACAUGAUAGCAGUGCUCCAAUAUCUCAGGGCUUGCCACAAAGAAGAGGGAGUCAAGGUAUUCUCCAAAGCAUCAGAAGGCAGGACAAGAAGCAAAGGAUGGAAACUAACC